GCUGCAGUAGCAGGACGUGUUCAUUGUACGAGCUAUUCUGAAAGAAUUACCGCGGCUGUUGAGGUGAAGUCUAUGAAAUACGUGAUGUCUUCAAAAUUGUUUAAUCAGUGAAAGACGAUUGAAGUGUUCCAAUUUCGUGUGAUAUGUGAACCGUUUAGAGCUAUAUGUACGAAUGAUAUAAAAGUAACGGUUGCGUGUUAUCAGUUUAGGAAUUUCGUUCGCUAGCAGUAGCUACUUAGCUAGCAAGCCACCUUGAGGUCCUGUCUCUUUCUUGACAUUCUAGCCUGUAUUGUGGUAUGGGUUCCUAGCUUGACGACGAAACUCAGUACAGUGUCCUUUCAUUACCUUUUCGCAUUGGUUUAAUAUAAAAUCAGUUGUUACGACGAUAACGAUUGUCUGUAGAAGAAAGUGGCCAUUCAAGGACGACAGAACGUUCUCAGUGGCUUUUACAAGAAGAUCCCCAAACCAACUAUCAUGAACGGGUUCAGCACAGAAGAAGACAGUCACGAUGGACCUCCGGCUCCACCGUUUUACGGCCAGACUUGUUGUUUGAUUGAGGACGGUGAGCGCUGCGGACGAUCAGCUGGAAACGCUUCCUUCAGCAAGCGGAUCCAGAAAAGCAUAUCGCAGAAAAAACUAAAGCUGGACAUCGACAAAAGUGUCCGACACCUCUACAUAUGCGACUUCCACAAAAACUUCAUCCAGAGUGUCCGUAACAAACGGAAGAGGAAGACGAGUGACGACGGAGGGGAGUCUCCUGAUCAUGAUGUGGAGGUGCCAGAGGUGGAUCUGUUCCAGCUUCAGGUGAACACGCUGAGACGCUACAAGAGACACUACAAGCUCCAGACCAGACCUGGCUUGAACAAGGCUCAACUGGCUGAGACUGUCAGUCGCCACUUCCGGAAUAUCCCCGUGAACGAGAAGGAGACUCUCACAUACUUUAUUUAUAUGGUGAAGAGCAGCAAAAGCCGACUGGACCAGAAAUCAGAGGGCAGCAAACAGCUGGAAUAAAGGCCACCAAUAAGUCUUGGACAUGAACACGUGUGUUUGAUGAGGUGUUUCCGCCAGGCGGGCUAAUCUGAUUUCAGACUGUUGUCAAGACUCUCUGCAGGGUGAUGUAAUUCUGUAAUGUGAAUAUGCCGAUAUGUACAAAACACGACGAGUAUGAAGAUAUCAGCAACACGAUAGAAUGCAAUUUCUGAGAACUGCCUUAAAGAUUUGUUUGUAUUUUGCAUGGACCGUUAAGAACUUGAAGAAAGGCUUGUGUCCAACCAGAGAGUGUGCAAACGUAAUAUUUCAAUAAACUGGUCAUGGAGCAUUUUGUGAAUGAAAAGAUGGUGGAUAAGGUUUUGGGAAGUGUUGCACAUUUUCUGGUGCCCAACUAGAAUUAAGCAAUUAAGGCCCGAGGGGGUGUGGUCUAUGGCCAAUAUACCACGGCUAAGGGCUGUUCUUAUACAUGACGCAAAGCGGAGUGCCUGGACACAGCCCUUAGCCGUGGUAUAUUGGCCAUAUCACACAAACCCCAGAGGUGCCUUAUUGCUAUUAUAAACUGGUUAUCAAUGUAAUUAGAGCAGUAAAAAUACAUGUUUUGUCAUACCCGUGGUGUACCGUCUGAUAUACCACAGCUGUCGGCCAAUCAACAUUCCGGCCUCGAACAACCCAGUUUUAUAAUACUCAUCCAGUGGUAUGACAUACAUGGGAAGACUGAAGUUGAAUGAUGCAGCAUUUUUUACAUUGACUUGACCUGCUCUUUCCCGUCUAAUACACUGAAACACACACAUACUGCAGAGUGAAAUGGCGUUUCAGUGAACACCAAGCUCUUUUCAAGUAUUGGUGGAAAUAUUACGUCUGACUCUUCUUUACUACUUUUUCUACUUUUUUGUGAGAUGUCAGUACUUUAGUUCAUCUUGGAUUGUCAGGUCUCUGUGAAGUUCUCUCUGGUGGAAAGUAACUUUCAGUCUGUAUUCAUUUUCAUGGUUUCAUCUUUUGAGACUAAUUUAAAGCAAUUAAUUGAACUUGUUCAUUAGGGGGUUAAAAUGCAUUAUUAUUAUUACUUCUACUAUUAUAUUAUUUCAGAAGAAUUGUUGCUGUACUAACACAAACACGUAGAACGUCUCAACUUGAGCUCAAUGAACCAUAUUUGAACCACCUAAAUAGUUUUCAGGGCAGCACCCAAAGCACUGGCUGGACUUUGCCUUCGUGUUCACAAUACAUUUGUUCUAUUCCAUUGCAAUGUAUUUCUGUGGAAUCAUGUCACCCUCAGCUGUCAAGUCUAUUUCCUCUCCUGGCACAGUGUUGAAAUGAUGUGUCUCGUGGGCACACGAUAACACUACCUACCGCUUCUAGUCACUGGUUGAAGAUGGGAGUUGUAAUAAAUAUAGAAUAUGUUUUUGCUUUCCCUCAGUCACUAAUUGGGGUUUUCUUGUUCACUUCAACAACUGCUGUGUGCUCGCUGUUUUGUUUGUCAGUGGUCUCUUCACAGAUGAUGCUAUGCCUUAGUAUUGAUUAGGUUCUCUGUCCCAGACCUUAUUUAAGUAAUAAGUUAUGUCUACUGUUUUCCAUCUUACACCAUCAAUUAGUCAUGUCUAUGUCAUUUGCUGAACUAUGGAUGGCUUUGUUUUUGCUUGUAGCUUUGUAGUGCCAGAUUUCCCUCUUCUGUUUCCCUCCUAUGUUUUAGCAUAUUGGCUGUGCUGCUUAACCCAAUUGUUGUAUUAUAUAAGACACAUUUAUUUAAAUAUGGCUGCUUAUUGCUUUUAAUAAAUGUAUUGUACAUAA